AUGUCUCAAUUGAAAGCUGCUCUACGUCGUGAAGGAAGCGCAACCCCAACCCGCAUGAGACUCAAUAUGGAUAAUGAGAUCAUACAAAUCCCAGACUGCGACUACAACGCUGUUGCUGAACAGUUUAAGCUUACCCUAAUCGGUAGAACUUUCCACCGUGAAGGUCGAAGCAUCGACGCCCUGAUCAACAUGCUCCCGAAACCCAAGAUCUGGGAUGUGGAGGGUAGAGUCCAAGGAAUAAACCUUGGCAAUGGUCGUUUCCAAUUUGAUUUCGAUCAUGAGGAAGACAUGAACAAGGUUUUGGCCAAACGCCCUUGGCACUUCAACCGGUGGAGCUUUGCCCUGGAGAAAUGGGAGCCGUUCACUAGAGAUGACUUCCCCAACACGAUGCUAUUCUGGGUCUCUGUAAUUGGGGUUCCAGUACACUUUUGGAAUGUCCCCACGUUUACGGAGAUCGGGAAAGUUCUCGGCCUGGUUACGAAGAUCGAUGCAAAGAGAUCCAAAUUUCAGGUUUCUCUAAAUGCUGAUAAACCUCUCCAGUUUGAACGGAAAGUGAGUUUUCCCAACGGGGAUAUUGCCACGGUCAGCCUCACCUACGAAGGACUCCAGCGCUACUGCUUCACCUGCAAACUCCUCUCUCAUGAAGAAGGAACGUGUCCACAAUUAACAGAGGAGCAGAGAGAGGAGAAAAAGAAGCUAAGAAUUGAACAGAUCAAUCAAGGUCUCGUUCAAGACAACAGCAAUCCAGAGUAUCGAAUGGGAAAUCGAGAAGCUCCAACCGAAAUCCCAGAGACACAUCUAACGAACCGAGCCCUCUACGAUGACCGUACCCGGACCUCUGUUCCGAGACGUGAAUAUCAACAGAGAGACUCCUUACCACGAUCUUCUGAAGGAAGAAACGCCUCUAGGAGCAGAGAUCUACGCCAGGAACUAAGAGACCGGCGAGACUCGAGGGGACAUGAAGUGUGGAACCGUCUUGAACGGAACCACGUAGAGAAGAGGCGUAACGAUAGAGACCGUUACCACCCAUAUCAGCGAUCCAAGGACGGACAAGGAGGAUCGCGGGACACGAGAUAUGAAGCCCAAAGAGUGUGGAGACCGCUACAUGAACGAGAAUCUCGAAGCCAGCAGAAGCACCAAUGCUUGACACACCAAUGUCCAAACUCUCGACCUAGAACAGAGUCCCCGGAGCUUCUGGUGACACGAGAUCAGACUCACAGAGGACCGUGUCCGAGAUCCCGCUUAACAGAGAAGAAAACAGAGCAAGGGCAAAGGGUUAACUCACCACUUACCCACACGAUCCGGAAAGUGAGAGAAUCCGUAAGCUCAAAGGUGAUAUACCUCUAA